UGCCUGUCUCAGCAUAGCAGGCCUGCAAGAGAGAGAGAGAAAGAGAGAGAGAGAGAGAGAAAGAGAGGAGGGGGGAGAAGAGGAACAAGAAAUAACUUUCUCUGGUUUCUAACUGCCUGACCAAGGGGCUUCAGCACUGCGCUUCUGUGAAGGUAGUGCACUCUCGCCCAGGUGUGUGCGCUGGUGUGUGUGAGUGAGUGUGUGUGUGUGUGAGCCAGAGCACCAGGAGCCAUGUCGGACCCCCGGGACAUCGAUGAGGACGCCCUCCUGAAGGGCCUCAGCGCCGCCGAGCUGGACCAGCUGGAGUACGAGCUGCAGGAGAUGGACCCUGAGAAUGCCAUGCUGCCUGCAGGCUACCGGCAGCGCGACCAGACGAAGAAGGGCCCGACGGGGUCGUACGACCGCGACGCGCUGCAGCAGCACCUGGAGAAGGAGGCGCUGGAGAUCGAGGACAAAGAGGACCUGGUGCCCUUCACCGGGCAGAAGAAAGGAAAGACCUUUGAGGCCAAGAAAGCGGCAGAUAUCCCAGAGAACGAGCAGGUGAAGCUGGAGCCGGAGCUGGAGGAGGCUCUGAAGAACGCCACGGACGCUGAGAUGUGCGACAUCGCAGCUAUCCUGGGGAUGUACACGCUGAUGAGCAACAAGCAGUACUACGACGCUCUGGGCAUGACCGGCACCAUCGCCAACACCGAGGGCAUCAACAGCGUAGUGAAACCAGAUCCGUUUAAGAUCUUCCCAGACGAGAUGCCCAACCCCACCAACGUGGAGGAGACUCUGGAGAGGAUCCACAACAACGACAGCAGCCUGACAGAGGUCAACCUCAACAACAUCAAGGACAUUCCCAUCCCGACGCUGAGGGAGAUCUUCGAGGCGAUGAAGGGGAACUCUCAGGUGGAGUCUCUGAGCAUCGCUGCCACGCGCAGCAACGACCCUGUGGCCUAUGCGUGUGCAGAGAUGCUGCAGGAGAACACCAGCUUGCAGAGUCUUAAUGUUGAGUCCAACUUCAUCACUUCUGACGGCAUGAUCAAAGUCAUCAAAGCUAUGGCUAACAACGCCACCCUGGUGGAGCUGAAGAUCGACAACCAGAGGCAGAAGCUGGGAGACUCGGUGGAGAUGGAGAUCGCCUCCAUGUUGGAGAACAACUCCAGCAUCCUCAAAUUUGGAUACCACUUCACCCAGCAGGGGCCUCGCGCCAGAGCCGCCAUCGCCAUCACGCGAAACAACGACAUGAUUCGCCAGCAGAGAUUAAGAUGAGAGCAUCAUGGAGCAAAAGGAAAACGAAGAACCAUUUCAGACAGACUUCAUGUCAGAUUUCUUAAUUUGGAGCGCCAUCGCUGAUCGAAUCGUGCAUUUUGUAAUCAACCUAACCUCCAUGUCCCACCAUUUCAUUUCAUUUACUGCAGCCAGCUUUUUGUAGACUGCUGAAUUCAUCAUAAAGGCAUGUAUAGGUCACAAGCAACAUGUGAAGUGUCUUUUCUUUCCUUCUUGUUUGUGCAUCUCCAACAUCAUCCUAAACAAGAGGUUCUCAUUCAUUAAAAAACAUUAUACAUGUGGUGCUAACUGUGGUAAGGAAAAACACUGUAAAUACUUUAAAUAAAAAUAUAUAUUCAAGUA